AUGGAGAAUAUUCUUAUAAAAUCAACGAUGAACUAUCACAUUCUACGUUUGAUGGGUUGUUCGAGAUUAAAUCACACUCAACCAAAGUUGAAACUUCCUAAGAAAAAUAAAGUUACAAAAUCUCAUCCUUACAGAAUAAUUCAUCCAUGGAAGUCAAAAGCUCUUUUUUGCGAGAGUAUGGUUAAGCAAGUUAUUUAUAACAAAGAUGGUUUGGUAGCAAUUAAUAAACCCUACGGUAUAUCAUCAAGACCGUUUGACUUUGAGAAUAAAAAAAAGCAGCAAACAGUUAGUGGAAUUUUCAAUGAAAAAAAGUAUGUGUUAACCGACGCAGUACCACACAUUGCCAAAGAAUUAGGCUAUGAAUCACUAGUAAUAGCAAAGACACCGGAAAAAUUUACAUCUGGCGUCACCUUGCUCAGUGCAAGUGAUAAAAUAACAGAAGCUAUUGCAAAGUCAAUGCGAAGAGCAGAAGGCGCGCGAAUAAUACCACGUACUUAUUGGACAGUAACACGCAGAAAUCCAAUAUUUCCUGAAGGUGAAAGAAGAGUAGCUAUGAAGCUUAUGGAGGGUCCUGAAAAAGGUGUCAAGGAAGUAGUUAUAGUACCCAAAUGGUCUGAAAAUGAGCGCGCACGUGGUGACAUUAAAAUUCUGAAUGUACAAUUUAAAGUUCUGUCAACUGCGUCCCACAAUUUAGCUUCUUUGAUGGAAGUAAAAGCUUCUACGAGUCAAUGGCACGCUGUAAGAUUAUUUGCUGCAACCGUGACACUAAGUCCGAUUCUUGGAGACAGAGUUUACGGAUCCAGAGCUCAAAACGUGAUGGGGAAAUUUUUACUAGUCUCUCCGUUUGUUGAAGCAGCACAUGUACCUCCUAAAUUGGAUCCAGACUUGUUAAAGACAAUUAAAAUGAUUCCGAGCAAAACUAACAUGAUUCCAGCUCAUGUUCAUCUCAGAGAAAUGUUUUUGCCUUCGUUUUUAAAGAAAGGAAACGAUAUUUCUAUCACAGCUCCUCUGCAGCCAGAAUUCAUAUGGACGUGUGAUCAAUUAGGUUUUAAAGAACAACUUUUCAUGCCUAUCAACAAUGAAAUUAAUUCUACUAAUAAUAAUUCGACAUUAAACAAUGAUGAAGAAGAACAAUUAGACUCUAAACAAUGUUUAGCAAUAACGUAA